AUGGAUAUAUUUACCAUGUUGUACCUGUUGAUUGGAGGAUUAUUGGCGGUUUAUGGCUCUGCCAGCAUUGUCGUCGCCACCGUGAGGAAGCCGUAAGUGAUUGUGGGAAUUUCAGCGUUUCAGACGACCCUCCGAACGAAGAGGCUCCCCAAAAAAGGAGAAGAGGCCCUCAAAAAAUGGAAAAUAUUUUGCAAAAUAAAAAAAAUGGGCUGUGACAUAUUAUACGGUGAAAAAAAUGCGGAAUUGGGAUGACGUCUUAUACGAUGGAAGGGGUUUUGCAAAACAAAUUUUGUCAUCGUAUAACAUAUCACUCCUCAUUUUGGUUUUUUUAGAUUUGUUUGAAAAAGGGGGUUUCUUCGGUUGUGGGCCUCUUCAGCCCCUCGAACAGCCUGCUGUAGUCAAGAAUCGUCGUAUUUCAGGAACCUCCGGCACAACUGCAACAUCUUUAUUGCAUUUCAAGCCGUCUGCUUACUAUGCCAGGCCAUUGGAACACUAAAUAUCUUGCUUCUCUCACUUUUUGACUCUCUGGACCAACCCGCAAUCCAUUGCUUCUUCAUCCAGCUUGUGCCGCAGUUCUCGAUGACCUGUGGUGUUUGUUUUGCGCUGGUAAUUGGAGUUGACCGACUGAUUAGUGUCAAGUGGCCGCAUGUGUGAGUGCAAGCGCCAAAAAUCAGUUUUAUAAUGCAUAGUAUAUCGGGGAAAUAAUGAGCACUCUGUCGCAUCGAAAAUCCCGACGCCGCCGAGGAAAUGAAGCGUAUCGCGGCAAAAUCAAAUUGCUUUUCGCUUCAGCGACCCGAUUGUCGUAACGACGUGGUCUUUAUUUUCCCGACAGUCUGAUACCGUGUAGUGUCACCUGUUUUCCGUGCAUUACGCGACAGUUUGUUUCAGCUACUCCAAGAUCGAACCUAUUCCUUACAUCCCGGCCGUUUGUUUACUACCGUGCUCCGUAGCAUUGUUUGUCGAAGUCUGCGCAUAUUACAUGGCAUUCGUGAGCUCCGAAAAGACUGUUCUUUGCACCAUAAAUGGAGUGUUGGUGCUUCGUGAAAAUUACUUGUUUUACCUGCACUUUCUCCAUGCAUUUGUAGCGGUAGCUACGCUUCUAAUUUACAUGCAAAUGUGGAGAACUGCAAAGGACUUCCGUGAGUGCUUUUUAGAGCUUCCCGCAAAGUUGGCAGAAAACGUAAUAUUUUGCAUCUGUGAAGUAUCAUAAAUGUGGCAAAAUGCUUCCUUCUCCAAGUUAAAAAACUCCGAUUUCAAAAGCGCGCCCGCACUUUUUGUGAGGGCCCUUAAAAACAAAGUUUUUUCACUUGGAGAGGGAAGCAUUUUGCCACAUUUUUGAUACUUUCCGGAUGCAAAAUGAUACGUUUUUUGCCACUGGAUCAGGUCUCCCACUGCAGCACAGUAAACUCAUGAUUACCACACGAUUUUUAGCCCUUCAAACGAGGCGUCUGAUCAAGUCGCUCUUCGCAAUCGUAAUAUCAUUCGUCAUCACAUGGCUGGUCACCAGCGGCCUGCUUUCCGUUGUUUACAUUGCCGGCAUUCAAGAUCCGUAUCGGUUCGCGAUUCGUUUGCUGACGCUGGGAUCCAUCUCUCUUUGCGGAUUCUUCGAUUUUGUCAUCUACUACAAUAUGAAGUAAGCCAGUUCUUUUUUGUCCGCCCUCUUUUCCGCGCCGACAUUUUUGUUUUCCCUUUUCAGCAGCGAGUACCGGCAAGCAUUCCAGGAGCAGAUGUGCUUCUCGCCGCAGCGACAAACAAACUUCCAAGUGAAGAUGCUGCGGCGGAAAAACAAGCCGUUGCAGUUCAAAGCCAGAACCGCCGCUGCCGCAAAUAUUCGAAUCGUCGACAAGCCGGUCGACGAAUCCACCUUCACCAACAACGAAACUCAGCAAUAA